AUGGCCGCCGACACCUGCACCGCGCCUGACGGCACCAAGCCGUUCUCCUUUGGUCUCGAGCCCCGCACCCUCGCCUUCGUCGUCGUCCUCAUCUCCUCGACGCCCUUCCUCCUCGUCUUCGUCCUCCCCCGAAUCCUUGCCCGCGUCGGCCGGGCCCUCGGCUGGACCCUCCGCAAGCGCACGGAUGGCCGGCGAGCUCUCCUCCUGUCGCUCAUGCAAGACGAUGAUAGCAAGUUCCGCGAGCGGAGCGAAGGCCAAGCAGACAAGAAGCAAGCUCAAGACGCCAGUGCCGGGGCGCUCAGUGGGGUCGACAUACAGCAGCAAGACUGGGACGGCAUCGUCGGCUUCUUCCACCCGUUUUGCAAUGCUGGAGGAGGCGGCGAGCGCGUUCUCUGGGCUGCCAUCCGUGCGACACAGACCCGGUGGCCCAAGGCCAAGUGUGUCGUCUAUACCGGCGAUCACGACGUGAACAAAGAUGCGAUAUUGCACCGCGUCGAGAGUCGAUUUAACAUCCAUCUCCACCCCCCAACCAUUACAUUUCUCUACCUGUCCAAGAGGCAUUGGGUUUUGGCGUCGACAUGGCCUCAUUUCACCCUCCUCGGCCAGUCGUUGGGCUCCAUGGUCCUCGCCUGGGACGCCUUUUCGCUGCUCGUCCCCGACAUCUUCAUCGACACCAUGGGGUACGCUUUCGCUCUCGGCCUCUCCAAGUUUCUGUUCCCGAGUGUGCCGACCGGCGCCUACGUCCACUACCCGACAAUCUCCACCGAUAUGCUCGCCUCCCUGGACCCUACGUCUGCCGUCGGCUCUCAGGGCGUCAACGCCGGCAAGGGCACGGGCACCCGCGGCAUGGCCAAGAGGACCUACUGGGAGCUUUUCGCCAAGAUAUACUCAUGGGUCGGCUCUUCCAUCGAUGUCGUCAUGACCAACUCGACAUGGACCCAGGCACACGUCAAGAGCUUGUGGGGCCCAUGGCGUGAGGAGAAGGAAUCAACGCACCCAAUUGCUGUCGUCUACCCUCCGUGCGCCGUCAGCGAACUCGAAAACGAGGUCGAGGUGUCGGAAGCGAGCGAAAAGAAGCGCGAGCCUGUGCUUGUCUACAUUGCGCAAUUUCGCCCGGAGAAGAACCACCAGCUCAUCCUGCAGUCCUUUGCCGAGUUCCUCAGGACCAAGACCACGGCCGCGCAGUCGGCCCGCCUGGUCCUCAUCGGCAGCGUGCGGGACGACCAAGACUCCAAGAAGGUGUAUCAGCUACGCUUGCUGGUCAACGAGCUUGGCAUUAAGGAUCGCGUCGAGUUUCAUCUGGAUGCAUCGUGGCCCGAGAUUCUGGAAUGGUUGCGCCGGGCGUCAGUAGGCGUCAACGGCAUGUGGAAUGAGCAUUUUGGCAUCGGCGUGGUCGAGUACCAAGCGGCAGGGCUCAUUUCCGUGGUGCACAAUAGCGGCGGACCCAAGUUGGACAUUGUCGUUGACGUGGACGGGGAGCCAACGGGCUACCACGCCACGUCUGCGGAAGAGUUCGCGGCGGGCUACGAAAAGGCCCUCUCCCAUCCGAACCCCCUGCAGGUGCGCCAACGAGCCCGCACCUCAGCUAAGAGGUUCACCGAAGAGGAGUUUGCCAAGAAGUGGCUGGCUGAGAUGGAUCGGCUGGUGGCUCUACGGUCGAGCAGAUAG